AUGAAUGCCUGCCCGAUCUGCGAAAACGUAUAUAAGCGACCAGAGCACCUACGUCGCCAUCUACAGUCACAUAGCAAUGAGCGACCUUUCGUCUGUGCCAUCUGUGACGGCACGUUUCAACGGUCCGACACCCUCAGAAGACAUCAGAAGACCUGUAUAGCUGUUGUAGAGGAGGCUUUGGAGCCGCCCCUGAAGAAGCCUGCCUAUGAAUCGCAAGUUUCAGCAUCGGACCCUGCUCAGCCUCUGGAUGAAUGGCACAAUUUACAGCACGAUGCGCUGACUGGUCCGUUCCCUGACAUCAAUCACAUAGCAGGUUGGCUCUCGAGCGCGGCGAGUCCCGACUUCAGUGAUCCUUGGGGCAAGAUACUGAAUCUGCGUGGCGACGAUUUUACCGACGGCAUUGAUGACGGCAGCUAUCCAAGGAGUCUAGGGUUCCUCGACAACUUCACACGUCGAACAGGCCUGGUUGAAUCAUUCGAAUGUGGAUCAUUGGCCGAGCGAGAGGCCGUCAGGAAAAGAUACGGAGCUGACGACGUACAAGCAGGUGAUCUCCCCGAAGGUGCCGAGGUUCUAUGCGGCUUAGUCGAUGAGCCUGGAGUGGACCUGUCAACAUGGAUGCUGGAGCCACUGGCACUCAAGACCCACGAGAUCGUCUCCUCGAUUGCGCAAGUCUCUAGAAAUAGACCGGAGGAUAGCUCGAGCGCUGUGGCGUGGUCAGUGGCAACACAGUCGUUAUGUGCCAAGUUCUUCUCGCCUACGAGAAUUCGAAAAUAUGUCGACUAUUACUGGGCUCUGUGGCAUCCAAACGUCAAUCUAAUGCACAGGCCAACUUUCGAAAUUGCCAACUGCAGGUCAUACCUGGUGGCUACCAUGUGCAUUCUUGGAGCACUUGUGUCUCCGAAUGCAUCGGACGGAGCAGCAGCAAGGAUGUGGUUGGAUGCGGUCGAAGAAGUCGUCUUCACCAGCGAUGAUCUUGCUGAUGACGAUUCCGUAUGUCGCCUGACAGGAAGACCAAGCUGCAGACCCGAGAGGGUACGAGCACUUCAAGCUGCUUAUAUGGUCCUGCUUUAUCAGACCUGGGAAGGAAGCGAUAGAAGUAAACGAAGGGUUCGCCGGCUACGCUUCAGUCAAGUUGUGGCCGCCAUCAGAGAUGCCGCAAUACCCAACGCCGUACAUCCUUAUUAUCAUGGCUUGAAGAUACAUGAGUUCUCCUUCGCUGACUUUGCCAUUAUCGAAGAGCUGAUCCGAGUCACCGUGUGGGUGUUUCUCAUCGACACUGCGUAUACACUAUUCAACAACUCCCCGCCUCGUAUGGUCAUUUCCGAAAUGAAAGUCUCGCCCGCUUGUCCAGAAGUAUGCUUUCAAGCAGAGACUGCAGAGAGUUGCCUACAAGCUCUGCAAGCUCAUCAUACACAUUCUGAGUCAGCACGAGGAGCAGCCACACGCUUUGAUGCAGCAUUUGAUAUGCUGUAUCGCCGGGCUCUACAGCCUGCUGAUCAACAGAUGCUAGCAGAUCUUGGGCCACUCAAUCUCUUCGCGAUGACUUCAACGCUUCAUGCGCUAAUUUUCCACUUCAGGAGCUCUCUCAGUUGCCGCGGAUCUCUCGAAGACGUGAAGCGAUGCCUGGACAACUGGCAUACAGUUUGGCAGGUGUAUACCGACAAACUUGCUACAGACCCACGUCACGCUUUAGCAGUUGCCGGCACUGGUAUCUGUCCACCGGAGCAGAUGUGGAAGCGGAUAGGCUUUAUGCGACAUGCAGGCCAGUAUUGGACUCUGGCAAAGCUCAUGAUCGAAAAAUUGACCUUGCUACGCCCCAUACGACAGAACACGGAUGACAAUGAAUCCUCCGACCGUGGCCAAACAACGCCAGCUUACAUUGCAGAGAGUACACGGAGUGAGGUUCUCCUUGACAAGUACGAUGAGACAAGCAUGCGGCAGGUGAACGACCUUAUCGCUAUGCUACAGAAGACCAACAUCUGA